GUUCGAUCGUGCAGAGGCCGGUGAUAUGAGCGCGGCGACCUUGAAAUCUGCUGGCUCGCUCGAAUCCAUUGAGGAUGUUGCUUUCAGGGAAUUAGGAGAAACACCAGCGAUAAAACAGACGGCUCUCAAUCAACUGCGCCAGCUUAUUAUUUCAGAUGAACUAUCAUUGCACUGCCCCAUGGACGAUGCCUUCCUGGUCAAGUUUCUGCGAGCCCGCAAGUACGAUACGCAGGCCGCUUUCAAGAACGUCAAGAAGUACUUCAAGGUUCGAAAGGACCGCCCAGAAAUGUUCAAAGAUCUAACUCCAAGCAGCGUACCCUUCGACGUCGUGUGCCGCAAGCAUCGCCUGACCACAGUCUCACGUCACAGAGAUCCAAUGGGUAGGAUGGCUAUGCUGAUGAAGGCUGGGGCCUGGAACACUGAGAUUUGCAGCGUAAACGAUUACUUCAGGUUGAACUUGGUACUCCUCGAGCACUUUCUUCGUCAGGAAGACGUUCAGGUCCGGGGCAUCGUGCUCGUGUUUGACUUAGAAGGCCUCAACAUCUACCAUCUGGCCCACUAUACACCUUCUGUGAUAAGAACCCUUAUCAGGUUUGCACAGAUUCGCCUUUUUGGCUACGAUCUAAAAGAACUGCACCAGCUCGUGCCGGAUGACGUCAUUCCGGAAGAACACGGGGGGACGAACGAAAGCUACGACUACGACCAAUUGGAGAGAGAAUUGGAGAGUGAAGAAGGCUUCUUCCAGAAUCUCAGCUCUUACGGGUACCGCGAUACGUCGAGAAAAACUGAACCUGAGUCAAACAGCGAGCUCACUGACUCUUGAGGAAAGAAUGGGUGUACACCUUGAAGCAUGUUGUGAUGAACUGAAGCACUGUUGCUAUUCGAACUCAUUGCUUUUUCACAUACCACUCUUGCUUUUUUUCAUGCUGGCGAGAAGUGCUCAACGAAGAGGUCUGCUUUCACAUCCGGCGUAACCAUAAAUAAGACUGGCGCUGGCUUUCAGUUUUGAUUACGCUCGAUGUGGAAGGAGUUGCUAAAAGCUUUCAACUCUGGCUAUAAGUGGAACCAGCUGACGCUUCCGAGAUGUAGAGAGUGAGAGGGGGGGGCUAAGUUAUACAAGAAUUUAUAACUGGCUUCCUUGAAGCUUGACUCAUAUCAUGUGUUUCCUUUCCACCUGUGAGAUCUCCAUUACUGGAAAAUAUGCCAUAUGAUGACACUCAAUCUAGACAUAGGAAGACACCCGUCAACUUUACUAACUACCGCCAUUUUUCUCUCACAAGCACAAAACGUAGGCUGACAGAAAACAUUGUAAUGUCUAGUCAAAUGACCUACCUCUGUCCCUACCAACACGAAUUUUGGCUAGUUUGACCAUGGGAAAUAGUGCUAGCGGUAUGUAUUUGGCAUGUUUCAUUAUGCUAAUUAGUGCUAGCGGAUAUGUAAAGGGGGCUUCCUGCAUAGAUCUGCAUCCGGGAGGACAGAUCAUUAUUAUACUGCUCUGAGACAUUCUAUUGUGUCAACACUGUUUGCUCGCAUGUGUCACCUUUGCUAACCCCAAAAUCUAUUUCUACAGAUAGGAUAUAAUUCGCAUCGUCCAUUUGGCACCCCCUGCGGGAUUAUGUAACAGCGCACUGGGAAUAAAUCUUUGGC